CCACGUUACUUUAUUGAUGAGCAAAGAACCAAACCAACUCCCUUUGACUUCUCCUUCCUCUUCUCCUUCCAGCACUUAUUUAUGCCCAUAUUCAUCUUAACUUCUCUUCCAUUCUACCUCAGUUUCCUAUUCUAAAAGCUCGAGAAGCGAAGCCUGAGUCUGGAUAUAUGGGAAGAGUUCCUUGCUGCGAUAAGAACGGUUUAAAGAAAGGUCCAUGGACGCCAGAGGAGGACCAGAAACUCAUCGACUACAUACAGAAACAUGGCCAUGGCACCUGGCGUACCCUCCCCAAAAAUGCAGGCCUGGCGCGAUGUGGGAAGAGCUGCAGGCUUCGAUGGGCAAACUAUCUACGUCCAGACAUAAAGAGAGGAAGGUUCUCUUUGGAAGAGGAGGAGACCAUCAUCCAGCUCCACAGUGUAUUGGGCAACAAAUGGUCGGCCAUCGCUGCGCGCUUGCCUGGAAGAACAGACAAUGAGAUCAAGAACUACUGGAACACUCAUAUCAGAAAGAGGCUUCUUCGAUCGGGAAUCGACCCGGUCACACACAGGCCGCGGCUCGAUCUCCUCAACUUAUCUUCUCUUCUCAACGCCGUGCUCUUCAACCAACCGGCUCAGCUGAACGCCGAGUUCCUGAGACUUGCUGCCAAUCUUCUGCAGUCCCAAAACCAAAACCAAAAUCUCUUAAAACGCAACCAGGUUCAUGAAUCACAGCCAACUUAUCGGCAAACGAUAACGCCACAGCUUCCGUCAUCUUUAAUAUAUAAUCCGAUUCAAAUGGGCAAUGAUAGUCAAUGGCGAUACAACGAAGCGAGCUCCAGCAAUUUAGGUGAAAGUUUGGUGGCUAAUAAUAAUAAAAAUAAUUAUAGCUAUGAGAAUAUGGAGCAAUCAAUGUCUAGUCUAUUAUAUGAGGCAUCCAAUGCUGAAAAUCCUAGCUACCAGAAGCUAUGCAGCAAUCUUGAUUCUGUAAUAUCGACGUCUGCGUCCAGCGUGACCUUGAACAACUCUUCUACUACAAACGUUCAAAGCAGUAAGGAAGACGAAAAAGAUACAUAUUGCAGCAGUCUUGAUUUCCAGAUUCCUGACUUGUUAGAUAUGAGUGAUUUCAUAUGAAGGUUAAGACGCCAAAGUUUAGAGAAAUUAAAAGGAAGUUUUGUUUUU